AUGCACCUCGCCUUAAAGAGACUGUUAAAUACUACAAUAGUAACAUGCAUUAGAAUCUCACCAGCUUAUGCUCAAAAUACACUUUUCCACGGUCCGAGCUGGAGAGCAGAACCCUCUGACCUGAUUCUACCCAUCCACUCCCCAAAUCAGGAAGCUGUUCUAACAUGCGAGGCGUCUGGUGUCCCCUCUCCGCAGUACAGAUGGUCUCUAAACGGGACGCUCAUUGAUCUUCGUGGUGACGAGAGGCGUCGCAUGUCUGGAGGGAACCUGAUCAUUAAAGGGCUGGACCGGGACCAAGACACCGGGGUGUACCAGUGCUCUGCCUCCAACACCCGCGGAACCAUCCUGAGCCAGAGAGCCAGUCUGCAGUUUGCAUAUCUAGAGAACUUCAAAACCCAGCCCAGAAGUGCGGUGAACGUGAGGGAAGGCCAAGGUGUUGUGCUGUUAUGUGGUACCCCUUUGCAUUCUGGAGAGCUCACUUUCACCUGGGUCUUCAACGAGUACCCUUACUUCGUCCAGCAGGACAGCCGGCGCUUCGUGUCCCAGGAGACGGGGAACCUAUACAUUGCUAAAGUGGAGCCGUCCGACGUGGGCAACUACACAUGUGUUGUGAACAACAGCAUCACCAAGGACAAAGUGCUCAGUUCCCCCACCCCUCUGGUACUGAGAAACGACGGGGCGAUGGGGGAGUACGAGCCCAAAAUAGAAGUUCAUUUCCCCGACACCGUGCCUGCUGCUAAAGGAUCCUCUGUGAAACUGGAAUGCUUCGCCUUGGGGAAUCCAGUUCCUAGGAUCAGCUGGAGAAGAACCAAUGAUGUGCCAUUCCCCAGUAAAGUCAAACUGAGAAACUCCAACGCCAUUCUGGAGAUCCCUCGCUUCCAGCAGGAGGACACGGGAACCUACGAGUGCGUGGCGGAGAACAGUCGAGGGAAGAACGCAGCGCGAGGCCGCCUCUCUUUCCAUGCCAAACCUCACUGGCUGCAGACUAUGACGGACACGGCCUUGUCCAUUGAGGAGAACUUGUUCUGGGAGUGCAAAGCCAGUGGGAAGCCCAAGCCCUCCUACAGCUGGCUGAAGAACGGAGAACCACUCAUGUCAGAGAGUCGAGUGCUGAUAGAGAACGGCGCCCUCACCAUCUCCUCGCUGACCCUAUCUGAUGGAGGGAUGUAUCAGUGUGUGGCUGAGAACAAGCACGGUAUCGUUUAUGCCAGCGCUGAACUGAUGGUUCUGGCUUCGCCGCCCAGUUUCUCUCAGAGCCCUUUGAGGAGCGUGCUGAAAGCCCGCACUGGCACCGAGGUGACCCUGGAGUGCAGGCCACAAGCCUCGCCAAGAGCCAUCAGCCUGUGGAAGCGAGGGAGUGAGAUGCUCCAGAAGAAUGAAAGGUUAUCUCUCUUCCCCAAUGGAACGCUGAAGAUUGCCAAUGUGACUAAGCGAGACGGAGGCAUUUACACGUGCAUCGCCAAAAACCAGUUUGGCAGUGCGAGCACGGCAGGCCGGCUGUUGAUCACAGAGCCGACCAGGAUCACGCAGGGCCCCAGCAGUCUGGAGAUCAUAGUGGGCGAGAGUAUUGUGCUGCCCUGCCAGGUGGCCUUGGAUCCAGCCCUCGAUGUGACCUUCUCCUGGGCCUUUAACGGCCAGCUCAUUGACUUCCACCAGGACUCGGACCACUUUGAGAGAGUCGGCGGGAGGAAUGCCGGCGACCUGAUGAUUCGAAACAUCCAGUUACACCAUGGUGGGAAGUACGUCUGUAUUAUUGACACUGAUGUGGAGAGCUUGUCUGUGGAUGCAGUUUUGAUUGUGAAAGGUCCCCCUGGCCCCCCAGACACAGUGCUGGUGGAGGAAAUCACAGACAGCACGGCUCAGCUGACCUGGAGCCCCGGCAGGGACAAUGGAAGCCCCAUCACCGGCUACAUCAUUCAGGCCAGGACGCCCUUCACUGUGGGCUGGCAGGCGGUCGACACAGUUCCAGAGGUGAUCAAUGGCAACACUCUGACUGCUACAGUGGUGGAUCUAAAUGCCUGGGUGGAGUACGAGUUCAGAGUGGUGGCCAGCAACAGUGUGGGCAUGGGGGAACCAAGCCCACCAUCUGCAAAGACCAGGACAGAAGAUGCAAUUCCUGAUACAGCCCCCACCGAUGUGGGGGGAGGGGGUGGCACCAAGUCGGAAUUAGUGAUAACAUGGGAGCCCGUCCCAGAGGAGCUGCAAAACGGAGAGGGUUUUGGCUACAUCAUCGCCUUCCGGCCGAUGGGCACGGUCACUUGGACCCGAGCGGUGAUUUCUGCCCCCAGCGUGGCCAGAUAUGUGUUUCGCAACGACACACUACCACCCUUCUCACCCUUUGAUGUCAAAGUGGGUGCUUUUAAUAAACGAGGAGAGGGACCCUUCAGCUCUAUCGCCACUGUGUUCUCAGCUGAAGAAGUGCCUAGUGUAGCGCCCGAGAGAGUCAUGGCUAGGAGCCUGUCAGCCUCUGACAUCGAAGUGAACUGGGAUGCCGUACAGUCGAGUCCUGAGAGAGUGCUCGGCUACGAGGUGGUGUAUUGGGAAGAUGACACCAAGCCGGACACUGUAGGCAGAGUGAGAAUCAGUGGGAACUCCACCGCCGCCAACGUUAGCGGUCUAGAGGGAAACACUCUAUACUUUCUGGCUGUGUGUGCCUUCAACACUGCUGGGACUGGCCCUCAAUCUGUUCCCGUUAAUGCUACCACUAAGAAACCACCUCCAGGGCAGCCUCCUCAGAAUGUGGAGUGGAGUCUGAUUGGCUCCCAGCUCACACUGCAGUGGGAUCCAGUCAUAGCUCUGGAUACUGAGUCUGAGGUCACUGGAUAUGUAGUGCUGUACAGGCGACACCGGAACAACGACAUGUACACCAUCACCACCACCAAAACCACGGUGGAGCUGACCCUCUCCCCCAACGACAACUACGUCAUUCAGAUCAAGAGCCUGAGCGAGGGGGGGCUGGGAGAAGGAAGCGAGCCCAUCCACAUCCACCAACUCAGCAUGGGCGCCCAAGGCUCUGGAGUGGCUAGGCCAGGCUGUCUCACUCUCUCUCCUGUCCUCUUUACUGCACUGGCGGCCCUCAAUGCCUCCUGAGGGCUUUCUGCUGUGAACGCUGCCUCCACACCUUCGGCCUCUCUCUCUUUUACA